CAACUGUGAUCUUGAAAUUAGGUCAAGGUCAUAAAUUGGAUGCAAUCACUGAUAAUAAUUGAUGAGGAAAAAUCAUGAUCAGUGCAAAUAUAAUAAAUAUCAUCUUGGGCACAAAUUCUCAAAAUCAGUUAUUUUACAUAAUAACAUGGCUACUAAUUAGAUAUCUAUUAAUAAUGACCCAGGUAAUGGGUCCUACGCAUACAGAUACACGUUCCUACAUGUAUGAACAUAAGAAUCUACCUAUACUACUAGUCUAUAUAUUGUCUGAACAAGUGUUACAAAUAUUUCACUAUUACAUAUUCAAUUUCCCCAUAGUAUAUACAUACAUUAUAGAUGAAAGCAUGUAUCAUACAUGUAUUUUCUUUACAGAAAAAGAAAAGACUGGAGCAGUAGUUGAAUGUACAUUUGACUAAUACAUGUAGUAAGGUUCUAGAUAGUAUGGUGGCAUGGAUCUGCCAUCACAUAACGAGAUAAUUUUGUCAACAUAGCGAGAUAAAUAUACCAUAUAGCGAGAUAAAACAACCGACAUAGCGAGAUAAUUUAAUGCGUUUACGAAGUCGCUAUCUCGACAUCUCGCCGCAUUAGAUGCUACUACUGACAUGGAUUUUUUUUCUUGUCAACGUCACGUGACCCCCAUUCGGAAGUUCAGCGCGCCAGUGCACACGAGGCUUGGACAGGGAAGCUGAACGGCCCAACACCUACAAAAAACAGGCUGUUAUCAUGCAGAGGUGGACAGUGAAUUUGGAGGGCGGACCCAGGCGUGUCAACCAUGCAGCAGUGGCUAUCCGUGACAGAAUAUUUAGUUUUGGCGGCUACUGUACAGGGGAAGACUAUGAAACAACGAGGCCAAUGGAUGUACAUAUCCUUGAUACAGUUUCCCUACGCUGGACGCUACUGCCCAUUCCAAAACUGAAUGACCCCCAGUACUCUCUAUCACCAUACCAACGGUAUGGCCACACUGCAGUUGCGUUUGAGGACAAUGCGUAUGUGUGGGGAGGUCGAAAUGAUGUUGAUGGUGCUUGUUCGAUCCUUUUUUGUUUUGAUAGCACAAAAUUAAAAUGGUCAUGUCCAAAUACAGGAGGCAAUAUUCCCAUUGCACGAGAUGGCCAUUCUGCAUGUGUCAUUAACAACAAAAUGUUCAUCUUUGGUGGAUAUGAAGAAGAGGUUGAUAGAUUUUCCAAUGAAAUCCACGCCUUUGAUUUCCUUACCAUGUCCUGGAGUGCUGUACAUCCAAAGGGCACCCCUGCAAUUUGGCGAGACUUUCACACAGCAACUGGUGUGGGAAACAACAUGUACAUAUUUGGUGGUCGGAGUGAUGAGGGAGGAGACAUAUUUACAAACAAGGAGAUAUACUGCAAUAAAAUCCAGUUGUUUGAUACACUCACCAACACAUGGCAUGAGCCAGUUACACUUGGCACCCCACCAGUGGGUCGACGUAGCCAUUCAGCAUUUGUAUUUAAAGAAAACCUUUAUAUAUUUGGGGGAUACAGUGGAAAACAUGAUAUUCACUUCAAAGACGUCUUCAGAUUUGACCCAGUGAAGAUGCAGUGGUCAACGAUUAAGGUGAAAGGUCAGGGUCCCUGUGCCAGACGGAGACAAUGCUGUUGUGUAAUUGACACCAAAGUUUUCUUGUUUGGAGGAACCAGUCCCACCCCGGACACAGAGUUCACCAACACAGAGAAGGACUUAACAGAUCAUUCAGAUUUACAUGUGUUAGACUUCGCUCCAUCUUUGAAAACUUUAUGUCAAAUUGCUGUGAUAGAACACAAACUAGAAACACAGUGUUUACCAAGUUUUCUGAGAUGGGAAAUUUCUGUUAUGACGACAGACAAUCAGAUUACAAAGCCUCAUAACAACAACGGCUGAAAGUGUUCAUGUAAACAGACUUUAAGAGUUUAACAAAUUACCAGAGAUGACCUUCACAGUAAUACUGAAUCAAGGUCACAUCGACCUAUAAUCUGACUGUUCUUUUAAAUGGGCGUUUUUCAGAAUAAUGCAGUGAGUUUUUAAGUGAUAUAUGUAGAGGGUAUUUAUUUUAUCCUUUUGGUUUUUCUUCCACAAGAAAACAAAAAAAUGGCAUGUCCUUAAUUAAGAUUACUCAUCCUGUUAAGAAAAGUUUUCAAGGGCUAACACAAUCGGUCAAAUUCAUGAUCCUUUGACUAUAUCAUUACAAGAUAUUGUUUAAUGUAACAAUGACUUUAAGCAUUAACAUACACAAAAGCAAAAUUCCUGAUAUUUAUUUUAGAUUAAUAUUAGGACUUUGAAGAUGUUAAUGUCACAGUGAAUUUCAACUCACAGAAUUCUGAUGUUGCCUGAAAAUCUAUUGAAUCACUUUUGGUUGAGAUUUUGAGAGAAAUUUGCAUUUCAGCAUUUAAAUUUUUUUUUAGCAAAAGAGGAUUUUUAUGAAGGCUAAAAAUCAUUAACAAGACAUUUUAUAUUUAUUUCUUGUUCAGAUUUUGUGUUGUGCAAUGAUGGUAGCUAGAGGUACUGAUGUUUCUGGAUUUGUUGCUGGUAGUCAGUCAGUAUUGUGGAGGACAAGCAUAUCACCUGGGUAUCCUUCAUUGCUUGAUGAAAACAGUCAUUAUUCCACAUCAUCCUUCAAUAGUAAAUUGUAUCAUUUUUUUUAAAAACCAUCCAAGUCAUUUCCAAAACUACAUCUUCAUGAUAAUAUAUCAACAUCUUGUAAAUAUUGAGCAGUUGUUUAUAUUCCUAAGCCAAAUAACUGUUUUGUCUCAUAUUCUUAACAUGUUUUUGUGUCACAACCAAAGUCCAACCAUUGUCCAUUCAUUGUUUGGUUUAUGUAUUAUUUACUGUGAUAUACUUUUUGCCAAUUUCAUCCAGGAAUAACUUUAACACUUCAAUUCAUCAUCUUGAAAUGUCACAAGUCCAUCCCAAGAUUUAAAAUCACAAAUCUUUUACAAUGGUGUCAAACUGGUAAGGAAUACCACCCAUGUAGUACACAGUAGUCUCUAUACAGAUUAAUUUAUUGAUUGACAGGACGGAAUCUUAACAGAGAUAGUCUAGAGAUACGUUGUGUAGCCCUUACCUUUCUCCGGGGCGACCAGGGAUUGAUAUCUUGUUACAGUGUGUAAAUGGUAUGGCGGUCACCUGUCUGACCUUGUUUUCUCUAGUUUCUUCCGAUAUUCAUACCACAUGGUACGCUUUCAUCGAGGCCAACAGGCAUAGUUGUAGGUUGAUGCAAGUAAACUUCAUAAUUUGUAUAACAGUAUUAAUAUAUACCGGAUUUACCAGCUCAGAUUUAUUGGAGGAGGAUAUUGUUAAAUAGGGUUAUCUAUUAGCGGAGUCCAUAUGUAUUUUAUACGCAUGUACAUGUAUCUAUAAUCAUCCUACCCUCGGCAUAAAAUGAUUGCAGAAGCAAGUAUCCUACUGGAACUGAUCUCCGUGUAACAUUCACUGAGAAACUGAGUGAAAAAUUUGGUGAUGACCAAAUGGAUGUGGUGUGAAGGUUAUAUGUAAUUUGCUCGAGAGUGAAAAGAAGGAUGAAAGAAAAUCUAUUUUAAGCAGUAACCAUUUAAUGGUUAUUGUUAACUGUAAACAGGUUACACUUUAAUAUGUUUGAUGAGAUAGUUUUAUUGUACAGUAAGAAUGUCAAAUCUGUCACAGGGUUUCACAGAGAAAGUUAUAAGGGAGUUGAUGACAAUGAACAAUUUUGAAGUGAGGGACAAUGCAAUAGUAUUGUGUAAAACAUUUAAAGUAUUUUGUUGCAUAAUAGAUUAUUAGUUUAGUACUUGUUGUGCAUUCUGGUUGUAUCAGUGGAUAACAGUGAUAUAUGAUCUACAAUGUAUAUUAUUGGUCACUAAAGGGAAACAAACACACAUUUUAUCUUGGUCUUGAGAAUUUGUGUACGAUUUGAAAGUCAAGGGCUACACUUUUUACAUUGAAUAUCUAGUGUGCACUUUUUGAAUUUUCUCAUGAAACACUGUCAUAAAAGUGUGGAGAAGAUAUGUUUAUCAACAGUUAUAACCAUGAUUUUGGAGACAGUACCAUUAUGUAUAAGUGUGCAACAACUAACUGAUUUGAAGUAUUUUUCAAUUUUUUCAAUUUUUUUUUUUUGGAAUAUCUCUGCUACUAUGGUUCCCAUCUCAUGGUGAUGAAAAAUAUUGUAGUAUGUGAUAGAUUAAAAUGUAGAUGUUUGUACCGUGUAUUUUUGGCACAUUAUAUGUCCAUUAUGCCAAUUUUUUAGGCUUGUGUUGGAUUGAUAUCUCCACAAAAAAUUGUCUACCUCUUGAUUUUCUUUCCUCACUAUUUUCAGCUUGGUAUGUCAUUGCUGAUAUGUCAAUUGAGAUUCUGUUGUGUAAAUUUCAGGACGUUCAGAUUCUUACAAUCAUUCCUUUGUACAGAACAUGUAACAAUAUUCAUGAAAUAUUCUCAAGUAUGUAUUACUAAUAUAUGUUGCAGUAAAUUUGAUAUCAAAUGGAAGUUUAACAUAUGGCUGAUUGAUUUAGGCUUGACACAAAAAUUACAGUAAUUUAAAAUGUUGAAAUAAUGAACACUAAAAAGUAAUUUAAUUUCAGAUAGUGAAAUUAAUAAGCAAUAAAUUGAAAUGCUUGGAAUGUCAAAUGGUGAAAUUAAUGACUAUUGGACAGCCAUCUUGAAUGAGUGCACUCAGAUCAUGUCAGUGUAUGAAACAGCACACAACAAACUGAAAUAUUUGAGUAUGAAAUGGUGAAAUUUACGACUUUGUUACAACUUAAUGGAAUACUUUUGAUAGGUUCACAGAGAUAGAUUUUGUACAUUUCAUUUGUUAAGACAUUUUACUUGCAAUAAGUACAUGUAUACUUAAUCAAUUGUAUUAAAAAGAUGUCAGUUAAAUACAGUAUAGAGUGUGAUCUCAAAAUAAUGAUGUACACUAACUUAAACUAAGUUAAAACUUCCUGAUAUCAUAUUUUAAAGAACAAUCAUUUCACAUUGUAUAUGCAUGAAACUUUUAAACAUUUCAAAUGGGAAAAACACUUUGUUUUUUUAAGGUUUCAUACACAGCACAGGACUUUGCCUUUAAAAAAAGUGAAUGCAAUUUUUAUCUUGUUCAUGAAAUUCCAAAAUAAUAUUAUUUCAUUUUCCUUUUAAAACUUUUACUUAAAGUCUUCCAGAUUAACUACUCAAUUUUAUUCACCAAUCCUACUUUCUUGCCUUACUUCGCUGAAUUUCUGGUUUUUCCAUAACUUUGUAUUUGUUCAUGACUAUCUGCUGUAAUCUGUAUGUGCCACAAAAUUUUAGCGACUAAAAUCCAUUAUAAAUGUAAGACAUUGCUUUUGAAAGUAUUCUUUUCAAGGACAGCUAAACAGAUAUUAACCAAACUUAAUCCAUGUGAGCAGGUGUUGCAAUAAAAGACUGUCAAUUUCUAAUUGUUUAGUGAGUAUCAGUAUAGCAACAGAUGAGCACUCUAAGCCCCACCACAUAUGGUGUGGUAUGUUGUGAACCUCACCCCACCGCCCUUUGAGAAUAAUCAAAAAGCAUACAUGUAUGUACUGAAUAAUGUAUUUUACUAAGUUUGCUGAUUUCAUGAAAAUAUAUACACUGUAUAUAUAAUAUAUUGUACUACCAUACCUUUGCAACAUGUAAAUGAACCUUUAUGUCAAAUUAUUACUUUUUGUUUAGUUUUUUGUAAACAACAUUUGAUUUUUGGAUAAAGAAGUGUGCGACUUUUCCUCCACAUAUUUUUGUUUUCAAUGUGUUUUCAGACUUUCAGUCUAUUGUUUGGAAAUGUCGGUGUACAUUUUAUUGUUUGGUAACAAAUCUUUGAUUGGCUUUACUGUUAUGUCCUUUGAUAAUAUUUUUGUCAUAUCUGUACAGGUAUUUAAUAUUUUAGUCACUUCUAGCCUAGAGUAGCUGUACCUUUGAAAAGAAGGUUCAAAUUCUAAAUUGUCAGAUACAAGUUUGAAGCGGGCUUCAUACAUGGACAUAUUUCUGUUAAUGUUGUUUUUUAAGUCACCUGAGCCAAAUGACCUCUACUAAUCGCCUUUGUCUGUUGCGCAUUCCUAAACAAUUUACAAUUUUACUUCUCAGUAACCUCUUAACCAAUUUCCAUGAAAUUUUACUGAAAUCUUCAUGGCUAAAGGUCAAUCAAAAUUGUGAAUUCUAUGUUCCCCAGACUCCCCACCCCUAAGGGCCCCCCGAGAAGCAGGACAAAAGGGGUCAAAUACUCUUCUCAAGACUCAGAUAUGGUAGAAUGAAAUACUCUUUCUGCUCUCCUGAAUGAUCUUGGGAGAUACUUUACCAAAAUUGUGAAUUUCAUGACCCUGGGGUCUCAUGUUUCCCCCUGGGGAGGGGGUAAACUACUAUAGUUUAUAUAGAAAUCACUUGUUGGGUUGAUAUUGGAAAUAAUUAAAACUUGGUUAGAAUUAUCAGUCUGGGAUGGCUGUUUGAUGGUAUGCACAUAAUCAGCUUGACUGACCCCCAGGGGCUGAUUGGCGGGGUCACAGACCUCUUGUUUCUUUCAAUUAUCUUGAUUUUCUUCCAUUAUUUUGAAGAAAAAGGAUAUACCUGGUAGCUGUUUAAACAUUAAGAUAUUUUGAUUUGUUGUAUUUACCUUAAAUCUGACAAAUAUUACAUGAAAAAUAAUUACAUAUUUCGUUCUUGUGAUUUUUGAGGCAUAAUUUUUAUGCUUUUCUUUGUAACCAACAAUGAAUUGGUAAAGUCUGCUUCAGUUGAUAUUUUGAUAGCAUAGCAUUAAUAAAUGUCUAUGUGAAAGAUAAA